AUGGGAAUCAACGCCAUCAUCAUCGGCGCAGGCCCUUCGGGCAUUGCCAUGGCCCACAAGCUGAAGCAUGAGAUGGGCUUCGAGGACUUCACCAUCUACGAGAAGUUGGAUGGUGUUGGAGGCACCUGGAGGACAAACACAUACCCCGGAUGCGGCUGCGAUGUCCACUCCCACCUUUACUCGUUCAGCUUCAACCUGAACCCCAACUGGUCAAAGGAGCUCGCCGAGCAACCAGAGAUCCUGCAGUACAUGGAGGACACGGUGGACAAGUUCGAGCUGCGCUCCCACAUCAACCCGUCGGUCGAAUGCCUCGGCGCCCGCUGGGACUCGGAGGCUUCCCUAUGGCACGUCAACCUCAGAGACCUCGGCACCGGCAUCGAGUUCUCCCGGACCGCAAACGUCUUUGUCUCUGCAGUGGGAGGCAUCUCCCACCCCCGCGACGUAAGCAUCGCCGGCAUGGAGGACUUCCAGGGCGCCAUGUUCCACACCGCACGCUGGCGCCACGAUGUUGACUACGCCGGAAAGAGAGUCGCCGUCAUUGGCAGCGGCUGCAGCGCCGUCCAAGUCAUCCCUUCGCUCGCCAAGCACGCCGCCUCGGUCAAGCAGUACGCCCGCAGCCCUCAAUGGUACCACGAGCGGCCGAACCACGUCUUCAGCGCCACGGAGAAGUUCCUGUUCCGCUACGUGCCCGGCCUGAUGAAGCUGCGGCGCAUGAGCAUCUUCUGGAACAUCGACAAGCAGUCGUACUCGUACCGCGGUACCGACGCAGGCGUCGCCCAGCGUCUCAAGGAAGAGGAGCAGGCCCGCCAGUACAUCUUCUCCACCGCGCCGCAAAAGUACCACGACACGCUGGUGCCCGACUUCGAGCUGGGCUGCAAGCGCAAGAUCGCCAACCCCGACUACCUCGAGUGCCUGCACCGCGACAACGUCGAGCUGAUCCCCGAGGGCCUGCAGCGCAUCACCGAGACGGGCAUCGUCAGCUCGUCCGGCCGGGUCGACGAGUACGACAUCAUCGUCCUCGCCACCGGCUUCAAGGUCUCGCAGUUCCUCACCCCCAUGGACAUCACCGGCGCCAACGGCUCCACCCUCGAGCAGCAGUGGCGCGAGACCCGCGGGCCCCAGGCCUACCUGGGCACCUUUGUCCACAACUUCCCCAACCUCGCCAUCCUCUUCGGCCCCAACACCUUCCCCGCCAACAACUCGGCCCUCUACGCCUGCGAAACCCAAGUCGGCUACGCCGCGCGCGCGCUCUUCGCGCCGCUGCUCGAGAACCGCGCGCGCGCCAUCGCGGUCAAGGAGUGCGUCGAGACGCGCACAACCAACGCGCUGCAGCUGCGGCUGCGCGGCAGCGUCUUCAGCGGCAACUGCUCCAACUGGUACCGCAGCGAGUUCGGCCGCAACGUCGCCAGCUGGCCCGGCCUCGCCCUCGAGUACUGGUUCGCCACCCUGUGGCCCGACUGGAAGGCGUUCGAGAUGGAGGGCGGCUCCGCUUGGUGGCGCGUCUGGAGCUUGCGGAGGUGGGCGGGCAGGCGGAAUCUCAGUGCUGUUGUGAGCGCGCUUGUUGUGGCGCUGGGCGCGGCGGCGGUGGCGGAUGGGAGGGUCAAGGGCGCGGGUGGACUGGUGGGGAGCUUGGGGAAGCUGGUUUCGUCGUCGUAG